AUGGCCGAGUUAAGCACAUGCAUUCGCCUCAUUGUCUUGAGUGUUAGCGUGUCUGCUCAGAUUCCAUAUGAAAACAAUCCGGAAAAUUUUGCAUGGCAACGUGCCAGCGACAUAACUGGUGUUGGCGAAAGACUUCAUGUUAAACUCAGGAGCAGGCUAUUGCAUGAAAUACCUGUGUGCUUUGCCCUGCUGGGAGUUCUGCAGCAUAACGCCAACGCUUUCAGUUACGUAGUGACCUAUCUAGCACCGGGAGGAAUAAGCCGGCACGCUACCCGGCUAGUCACUUCAAGAACUCCCUACCAUCCGCACCAAAACGCAAUAUCGUUCCAGCUUGCCAGCGGUUCUCCGAGAAUGACCCGGUUCAAAAUCAUGUACGUCGACCCUCGGAGAGAUUGCAUGAUAUUGAUAAAAACCCAAAGCCGACACAGAGAGUGCAUUCUAUUUCAGACAAGUAGAACAGUAGAUGGACCGAUUCCACCCGAAUGCCGGCAGGUCUAUCGAGAUUUCUGCAACCAUGACUCGGUACUUAUCUAUGAACCAAAGUGCAAGGAAGUUUUCCGACAUGCUCCAGCCCAUAACUCGGUCCGUUGAAACAAAUGCUCUACCAGGACGUUAUGCUGGGCUAAAAAGUGACGCGUGAAAAUAAACCAAUUGUUGCUUCGUCUA